GAUACAUCGAUGCGUAUCCAGUCUGGACCGAUCCGAACUUUCAGGGCGCUUUCGGCCCUGAUACCGAUUAAAGUGACGACAAAGCAGGCGAUUAUCGUUUGGCUGGUUUUCUGUAUAGUACCACACUAUCUUUUACAACAAGUUUUCAUCUCUAUUGGAAUGAAUGCGGUGGUCAUGUGGGAAGCUUGCUCGGAAUUUUUGAGAAAGCUGCAAAGAAUUCGGGAUAACCUGGCUGGCGACAAUCACAAAGAUCUAGCCGAGGAAUUUCCGCUGAAGGUGUAUCAACUCCGAAUGGAAGCAGCAAGAACCAGUAGCGGCGGGCAGACGGGACAGUCCUUGGUUAUAGCCCUAGAUUCCUUGGAAAAAGAGACACGGCGACAUAUUCCAUGUUUUACGGGUGCCAACUUGAUAUUUUAUUCCAGAGGAUUACUGGCUGCAGCGUGCACUUUCCUGAUAUCGACGGCGCUGAUAGCUCAAGAAGUCAUCAGCAGCGGCAAUGGCCAUGGAGGUGAACAACCUGUUAAUUGCUCUCUUUGUGUGCUUGACCUUCACAGCUUUCGAAAUGUUACUCUCCAUAAGUGAACGCUAAACAAUCGAGAUUAUUACUAUUUGA